AUGAAAUCAGAAGAUAAGCAGAAUAUCACAGGAUUCGUUAUCCAAGGCUUGACCGACAUCCCUGAAAUCCAGUCCCUCAUUUUCUUAAUCUUUCUUCUUUGCUAUGUUAUCAUUUUCUUAGGAAACCUGACUAUUUUCGUGGUGAUUUUGAGUGAUUCCCGCCUCCACACUCCUAUGUACAUUUUUUUGCUAAACCUUUCAUUGACCGAUAUUGGUAACAUCACAAAUAUUCUACCGAAGAUUUUAAAUAUUCUCCUAACGCAACAUAAGACCAUUUCCUUUGUGGGAUGUUUAACUCAGAUGUAUAUGUUUUUAUCUCUGGCACUUACCGAGGCCGUUAUUCUUACAGCCAUGGCUUAUGACCGAUAUGUGGCCAUUUGUCAUCCUCUUCAUUACUUUAUCUUCAUGAGUUUGAGACAUACUGCUAUACUUGUAGUCAGUUCAUGGACCUUUGGUUUUUUGGUUCCCACAGGAUAUCCUGUCCUUAUAUCGAAACACUUAUUUUGUCGAUCCCAUCUUCUUGACCACAUCAUUUGUGAUCUUACAUUAUUACUGAAAAUCUCCUGCAGUGACACCUUCAACGUGGAAUUGUUAAUCUACCUCCAAGGGGCAAUAAUCAGUGUUCCCGCUUUCGUCUUUACGUUUAUCUCAUAUAUAUUUAUUUUUUCCUCAGUCCUGAAAAUACAAUCGUCGGAAAGCCGGCAAAAGACAUUUUCCACCUGCACCUCUCAUCUGACCUGUGUUACUGUCUUUUAUGGAACUUUACUUUGUUUGUACAUGAGACCUGCAUCAAGUUUUUCUCCUAAGCAGGACAAGUUCUUUGCUCUUUUAUAUAUCAUCAUGAUCCCAAUCCUUAACCCUGUAAUAUACACUCUGAAAAAUCAGGACGUUAAAAAUGCUUUAACAAAACUAAUGAACAAACAUUUAUGUUUCACUGCUCAUGAAUCAAAUAAAUAA